GAAACACGUCACACUUCCCAUUUCUUUCAAGCGAAGUGUUGCAGCAUGACCCUGAAAGAGUAAGUUGGCUGUGUUUUUGGAUAAGAAGCCCUACAAUAAGGGGCGGCGUGAAGGAAGGUCAAGGGCUUCAAGAAACAGGUUGAUUGACACCAACAAGUCAACGAGCGAUGAGUCUGUGUGGAGUUGUGCUGCUGUGUAUUGUGUGUAUCCAUCAAGGUGUUUCCCUUUUCUGUGAAACAUCAAAACAUUUCCUCUCAGAUGCAAGCUCGUUCACCGUCUCACCGGAUCUCUGUUAUUUUCGCAGUGCGCAGCAGUGAGGAAGACAUCACUGGUUACAGUGGCCAAUCAGUCAUCCUGAAAUCUGGAGCAGACAGAUCAUGGAACCUCACCAGAAUUCAGUGGUCCAUUUAUCAGAACACCACAUUCAUUGCGGGUUUUAAGAAUGGUGAAGUGGUUAUUUACAAGUUUUGGACACAUCAGGGUCGACUUGAGCUCAACAUUAAAACGGGAGAUUUAACAAUCCGUGAUGUGACCGUGGAUGACAGCAUGACAUACAAUGUGGCUUUGGUCACCUCAGAUGGCUGGCGGAGCCAAUCUAAAGUUCAUCUCACAGUUCGAGAAAGUCUCAAGACACCAGACAUUAAGACGACGCUUCAUUCCCUCAUUGACAACAAGUGCUACAUUGCCCUUGAGUGCAUUACGUCUGGCAAAAAUGUGAAUCUGUCCUGGACGCCGGAUGACGAGUUCGACGGAUCGUAUAUUUCAGGAACCCCAAACUCUGCUGACUCUUCACUUGUUGUUUUUGGAUCAUUUAGUGGCAACAGAAACAUUACGUUUAACUGCACUGCGUCCAGUGGUCAACAGACAAUGACCAGGCAAAUGACCGUGGGAUGUUCAGAUGAAAAGCAGAAGUGUGAAGUCUGCACCGCUUGCAGUUCAUGUACUUCCUCUGUGAUGUGGGCUAUUGUGCUUACAGCUGCAGUUUUGGGCGUGUCAUAUCUAUGUACAAAAUAUAAAGAAAAAAUUAUUCAAGCCUGCCCCGAAGGCCCCCUCAAUUACAUCCGGAAUAUAAGCAACACCAGUCUGGGCUUCUGUGGUUUUCAAGAGAAACAAGACACGGCGUAAGAUGAAGAAAGGUUCUCUUGCAUAAGACAAUACUUUAUGGAAGGGAACAUCUAUGUUUGACAGUUUUUUUAAUUUUUAAGAAGUUAGAUAAAAAAAUAAAUAAAAAAAAAAAUCCUGUGCGGAGCUUGUGACUGUUGGUUUGACCUCAUCGGAUCCGGAUUGUGAAACGCUUCAUCUGUCACCUGUGUGAAUGAGGAUUUCUGGUAUUUUACAAAACCUUUUCAGAGAUACAAAAACUGGAUGUUGUUUUCAAAAUCCAUUCGACUGAAAUAUCUGAAGACUUUGUGCUCCUUCAGUUUAAACGAACAUGAUGCUUCUGGUACUGAUGGACUUUAAAACUUGACUCACCAUGGCAGCUUUUUUAUUUAAUAAAUUGUCCAGCUUCUUUGUUCAUGCAUGCAUGUGAAUCAAAUUUUUCUAUGUGAUGUCUGGUUUGUUAGGAUGAAUUAUAGCAGUGAUGUGCUCAGUGUGUCACAGUAUUCUCAGCAAUGACAUGUCGGUCACAAGUCACUGUGAGUGCUGCUUUUGUCAUGUCAAUAGGAAGUGGUCAGUGUUGCCUAGAAAUGGACACGAGCUGUUUCAGCAUAUUCAUCUGGAUGUGAGUAAAUACUU